AUGAAAAUCUAUUAUUCAAUUGUUGUGGAUGAAGAACUUAAAGAAUGUAAUGAACUUAUGAAGGAUGAAACUAAAUUAAAUGAAGUUCUUGAUCGAUUAUUACUACUUGAACAACAAACUCAUACUGCAGCUGAGACAAUCUCUACAGGAUGUGUUCUUGUUGCUAUUGUUAAAUAUUGUUAUCAAGCAAAACAAUGGGAAAAAAUGAAUGAACAUAUAAUAAUAUUAUCAAGACGUCGUAGUCAAUUAAAACAAGCUAUUACAAAAAUGGUACAAGAAGCCUAUGAACUUGUUGAAAAAACACCUGAUGUAGAUACAAAACUUAAAUUAAUUGAAACACUUCGUACAGUUACAACAGGAAAAAUUUUUGUUGAAAAUGAACAUGCACGAUUAACAAAAAAAUUAGCUGAUGUUUAUGAAAGUCAAGAUAAAACAAAAGAAGCAGCAGAAAUUUUACAAGAACUGCAAGUAGAAAUUUAUGGAACAAUGGAUCGUCGUGAAAAACUUGAAUUUUUACUUGAACAAAUGCGUUUAUGUUUAGCUACACACGAUUUUAUUCGAACACAAAUUAUAUCAAAGAAAAUUAAUAUAAAAAUUUUUGAAGACGGAGCUUCACAUGAUUUAACAUUAAAAUAUUAUGAAUUGAUGAUUGAAAUGGAUUUACAUGAUAAAAAUUAUUUUCAUGUUUGUCAACAUUAUAAGCAUUACUAUGAAAUACCAAGUAUAAAACAAGACUCUGAAAAAAUGAAACAAGCAUUAAAAUAUGUUGUACUCUAUUUGAUUUUAUCAUCAUAUAACAAUGAACAAUCAGAUUUUUUACAUCGUUUAUUUCUCGAUAAAAAUCUUGAAAAAAUUCCAAAAUACAAAGAAAUAUUACAACGCUUUAAAACUCAAGAACUUAUUCAUUGGAAAGAUAUUCUUAAAAGUUGUGAAAAUGAACUUAAAAAUGGUACAAAAGAAGAUCCAGCAACAAAUGUUUUUAUUAGUAAUGAAGAUGGAGAAAAGCUUUGGGAAGAGUUUAAAGUUCGUGUUGUCGAACAUAAUAUGCGUAUUAUGGCAAAAUAUUACACUCGUGUUCGUACGCGAAAAAUUGCUGAAUUACUUGAUUUAACAAAAGAAGUAGCUGAACAUUUUUUAUCAAAUCUUGUUUCAAAUAAAAUAGUAAAUGCUAAAAUAGAUCGUCUACAAGAUAUAGUUACAUUUCAAGAAAAGAAAUCACCACAAGAAAUCCUUAAUGAAUGGUCGACUAAUCUUGAUUCAUUAAUGACAAUUAUUAAUAAGAUAUGUCAUUUAAUUAAUAAAGAAGAAACUGUUCAUGCUGUACAAACAUAA